UUUUUUUUUUUUUCUUUUUUUUGGCCAUACAAUUUUGAAGCUACCCAACGCAUGUUUACUCCGUCGAGACGGUUGAGCAAUUGUGGGAGUCUCCCGUGCGCUCCUUGUGCGCAGCUAAUUUGAAGUUACUUCGAAAGCGGUUUUUUUAAUCAGAGCGUGGCACUCUAUUCUCCCCUAAUCAGCGACAUGAAGGGUAAAAAAUCCAAAGGGGACAAUAAUGCUGUGUCUUCGAAGAAGAGUCGAAGGGGUACCCCAGCGGGGGGCAUAGCACAGGAUGCUCAAAGCGACAGCGCAGACGAUUUGAUCAUCGGGAACAUGGCCGACUUAAAUGAGAAGGACGGUGCGAAGAAGGUCCUCCCAAAGGUCGUUCAGAUGAGGAGAGAUAUCAGGAAGCUCAAAAAGGAAAAGGCUAUCAUAAGCAAAAUGGAUACUGAGGACAAGGAAAAGGCGGAGCAUAUGCUGCAAGUGCACAAGGCCCUGCGCAAGUCCAAGGGGGAGAAAGUUUACGAUGAAAAGAGCCUCAAGAAACGAAGCCAAAGGAUUUUGAGGAAAAAAAAUAAGUCGCGCAAACGGUGGGCGCAGAAGCUGGCCAAGGGGUGA